AUGAUCUCUAACGUUAUAUCUCUGUGUGCUGUGGUGGCUCUGUCCAGCGCAGGAGUCAUCCAUACAAGCCCCUACGGCUUAGCACUAUCUCCCCUCAACACAUACCAACAAGAACUCACUUCAAACAUCCUUGCUAAUCCCUCACUCCCACUUGCUGCCUACCAAUCCUACCCUCUUACGUAUUCAGCGGCAAACAUAUACCCAAAUGUCCUACCACAACAUUACCAUCAGUACUCCUCAAAUUACCCUUAUUCGCUAGCACCUCUGCAUUAUGCACCAGGAUAUGAGCAAGUGGCUCUAAAUGAGCCAAUAGUUUAUGUCGAGCCUGUGGUUCAUCCAGCACCUCACCAAAUAAUACCAGAAGCUAUUGUUGAGGCUCAACCGGAAGUUGAGGAAAAACCCCACUACCUCUUUGCAUACUCCGUGGUUGACAGUAAGACUGGUGACAACAAACAACACCAAGAGAGUCGCGAUGGUGAUGUGGUGCGUGGGGAAUAUUCUCUCUUAGAGUCUGACGGAACGGUUCGUAGAGUGGAAUACAUAGCAGAUCCUCAAAAGGGCUUCAACGCUGUAGUCAGCCGCUCUAAGCCUAAAGAAGCAGAGUCGACGACUGGAUCUCAUUAA